AUGUAUAAGAAAGUUUCAGGAUAUACUGAGCCUCAGGAUACUGACAAGGUUAAAGAAGAGGUUGUCAAGGGCAGAGAAAACUUCUUUGAAGUCAUGGGCCAAUUACGUGGCAAGAAAGAUGAGUAUAAAGAAAUCAAAGAGAAAAGAGUAAAAAGAAUGAAGGACCAAGCUAAAGAAGAAAAAGAGUCUCAAAAAUUUAAAUUCGGGGCUAUGGAAAGAAAAGACCCUUUUAAGAAUGCUGUGAGAUGGAAAGGCUAUUUCCAAAAGCAAGUUGAAAUUCAUGAACCAGCAAGAGAUUAUCGAGAAAGAGAGGCACUCAUUUUUCCAGAUAAGGUGAAAGAGCACCACAGAGAUGUAUUUAGAAAGAGUGAUCCAACUGGCUAUUUCACUAAGAUGGUAGGGAGAGAAGUUGAUAAAUAUGACCAAGAUAAGCAAAAAUACUUUGAGAAACCAUCAAGACCAGAUGGGUCUACUAUCAAAAUGGCUUCAAUCAAGAAUCCUGAUGGAACCAUUAGUUGGGAAAAGCAGCAAGUAAAAUGGCAUGCAACUAAACAUAAAUGAGAGGAGAUUGGACAUGUCAAACCUCUGAUCGAUAACACAUUAACUCCUAGAGGUAGAACAAAGGCUAUCAGUCUUGAAAGAAACUAUGAGAAGAAAAAGAAGUGGAUUCAUAACGACUUUGUCCCAAAAGAAUUCAAAGUGAAAGAGGUUAAAAAAAGUUAUAAAGCCUAA